AUGGUGCCGCCACAUGCAAGCGAGGUGGGAAAGGCAAUGCUUGCAGUCCCUUCUGCCGUCUGCCAUGCUGGUGAAGCAGUGAGGGAAAGUGCGAUGGGAAUAGCAAGCAGCGUGGCUGCAUUGGUGUUCGAAGCCCCGACGUGUAUGGCAUUUGGCUGCGCCAGGCAAACACACGACGGUUGGCCAGGAUAUUGCAGCAAGUCCUGCCGGGAGCGCGACAAGACUUGCAAGGCACCCGGCUGCCACAGGCCAACCUAUGACGGCAAACCUGGCUAUUGCAGCAGAGCGUGUCGGAACGGAACUGGAGGCGAGAAGUCACUGGAACUGGAGCCCAGACCUGUGGAGUUUACCUGGCCGCUAUCUGUAACGAAGACGCCGCGGCGGGUCGGGCUUUGUGCCUUCUACUUCCCAGGAUACGAAACCAGUUGGGACCAGGCCUGCGGCUGCGCUUUUCUUGGCAACUUUUAUCCUGCUCCUGUCGAACUGCGCAUCCGAGACAAGAUGGUGCGAUUCAGAAAUGCUGAGGCCGCAUUUCAAGCAUGCAAGUUUCCAGACAAGGCGGUCGAGUUGUCGCAAUGUGAAGGUUGGCAAGCAUUCCAGCUGCGCUCCGACUACUUGGGUCACGAGGAUGCUGAGCUCGGUGGUUAUGGCAGUAAGUGGAAGGCAAUGUACAUGGUCCUCUCCAACAAGUUCACACAUUGGAAGCUGCGGAAAGCUCUGCUGGCAACAGGUGAUGCAUUUCUCUUGGAGCACAACGAUAGGGUUGGACGAGAUGAGUUCUGGUCUGACAAUGCGGACGGCUCUGGCAUGAAUGGCCUUGGCUUUCUGCUUAUGUGGAUCCGUGAGUCGUUUACUCCAGGUACCACAUGGAAAAAGUUCUUGGACGCACACAGGCCGAAACUUGCAGACGCAGACGAGCCAAAAUUCGACACUGAGUGGCGCCGGCUGGUCAGUGCUGCUUCUGUGACAGUUCGCAAAUCCUUCCUGACUCAAGAAGUCAGCAGGACGUUGCCAAGAAUAUGCCAGCCACGCAAAAUGGAACAGGCAGCAUCGUCUUUGUAUCCAGAGACACUCGAGUCUUUCUUGGAAUCUGCGAGCAGCUUGCGGUGGCAGCCCACAGUGGAGCGCGGCCAGCAUCAGGCGCUGCCCCCUCCUCGGCCUCCGUGUACUACGCCGCCUGCGACUUGCAACCCGGAGCCGCCGCAGCCGCCUCCGAGCAGGAUCCAGGCUGAUGAAUGGCAUCCAACUCUAGACCGCGGACAGCAUUUAUGCUCGCAGGGGGCACGUCAACCGCGCACCGUUCCAAUUUCAAUGGCUGGCGCAGCAGCUUUUGCAACUGCCGCAACUGCGAUCUGUUACCAGUACGCCAGUCUCGAGUCCGCGGCGGCUGCGAAUGCAGUGAGCGAUGAGCUUUGUCGUGGGCCUGCUGUCGCUCCGGUGGGAAGCAACAUCGCAAGCAUGGAUGUUGACGAGGACGGCAAUCCAGAUGAUUCGAUGCCAUUGAUGGAGCGUUUGGACUGA